ACAGCAACCACUAGAAAUGCCCAAACCAGUAUUAUUACCACUUGAUCUGGAAGCCGUUUUCGCAGACAACAAGCAUGACCCCGAAACUCUUAUCACCGCCUUCAUGCCUAUCUUCUGCAAGCACGUGCAAGCAGACCGGAUCUAUGUGCAACCAAGGAAUCCACAGACACGAGUAUGUAAGGUGUUGAGAUGGAGAAGAGAUGAGAGCAUUCCUUGGCCCGCGAUCCCAAAACAGGUGGUUGAUGAGUGGUUCAUUGAAGAUAACUGGGAAGAGGAAGACCCCCUUUGGAGGGCAGCUUUACAUUUGAAACCAAGUAUCUACGUUGAAGAUCUGGAGAAAUCAGCUAAGGAAGGAAUACUGAACCUCGAUUUCGAAUCAAGGUACAUGUUCCACACGGCGUUCAUUCACGGCCAUGCACAUUCUCCUCCUCUUCCUCCUACUGGAGAACCGGACGAGAGGGAAAAGGAAAGGCAGUUUUAUGGGAGCGUUCAACCUGCGGUCUUCGAUGGGCCGAGAAUUUGGAGUGAGGAGGUUAGAGAGUUGGUUGGGAGGUGCUUGGUGAGGAUUGCGCCAGUGAUGAAGGAGGUGGGGGAGAAAGCUCCUGCGAGGGAACGUUUUGGUGAGAGGUCAUGAAAUGCAUUGUGUUUUUCAACCUCUGCAAGCAGCUUGGACAUGUAUGUACAAAAUCUGAAAUUCCACCUGACUUUCGUUUUAUAUACUUUGGUUAAAUAUAGGACGAAAAGAAACAGUACUAUCAGAUGAAUGUCCCAAUCGGGACAAGUGGGGCACUAGGUCACGGAAGGCUAGCCGUC